CAUCAGGCUGCGCCCACAGUGACGCCAGUAAGUCCCCGCCUCCCAGCGGCGUUUUGUUCUGGAAGUUUCAAGCGCCGGGUUCUGACAGCCGCAUACUAUCCGCUGCCAUCCUCCCUUGUGCCCGACCCGCUUCCAUCGGGGCAUCACCUCCACACAUCAGGUGGCACCGCCAGAGCCAAAGCAGUCACGAUGCCGGAUAAUUCUGCGCCCAAAGUUGUAGCCUCCGCCGGAGGGGCAGGGAACGGCGCCGGGAAAAAGAAGGGUGCCUACCAGGACAGGGACAAGCCGGCACAGAUUCGCUUUAGCAACAUCUCUGCGGGGAAAGCUGUUGCUGAUGCUGUCAGAACCAGUCUGGGACCAAAGGGCAUGGAUAAAAUGAUUCAGGAUGGAAAAGGAGAUGUGACCAUUACAAAUGAUGGUGCAACUAUUUUGAAACUGAUGCAGGUUUUGCACCCAGCAGCCAAAAUGCUUGUUGAGUUAUCUAAAGCCCAAGACAUUGAGGCUGGAGAUGGAACAACCUCAGUUGUAGUUAUUGCUGGAGCCCUGCUUGAUGCUUGUGCCAAGCUUCUACAGAAAGGUAUACAUCCCACCACCAUUUCAGAAUCCUUCCAGUUGGCAUCCGAUAAGGGUAUAGAAGUUCUUACCAACAUGUCCCAGUCUGUUGAAUUAAGUGACAGAGAAACUCUACUUAACAGUGCAACAACAUCCCUGAACUCAAAGGUUGUGUCCCAGUACUCAAGUUUACUUGCUCCAAUGAGUGUGGAUGCAGUAAUGAAGGUGAUUGAUCCACAGACAGCCAACAGUGUGGAUCUUAGAGAUAUAAAAAUUGUCAAAAAACUUGGAGGAACCAUUGAUGAUUGUGAGAUGGUUGAUGGCCUUGUGCUCACACAGAAAGCGGCAAAUACUGGAGUAACCCGGGUUGAGAAAGCCAAGAUUGGGCUGAUUCAGUUCUGCUUGUCAGCUCCAAAAACAGAUAUGGACAAUCAGAUUGUGGUUUCAGACUAUGCUCAGAUGGAUAGAGUUCUGCGGGAGGAACGAACAUACAUCCUUAAUCUUGUGAAACAAAUCAAGAAAGCUGGUUGCAAUGUGCUUCUUAUUCAGAAAUCAAUUUUAAGGGAUGCUCUUAGUGAUCUUGCUUUACACUUCCUGAAUAAGAUGAAAAUAAUGGUGGUGAAAGAUAUUGAGAGAGAAGAUAUUGAGUUUAUAUGUAAGACAAUUGGAACCAAACCAGUUGCACACAUAGACCAGUUUACUGCUGAUAUGCUGGCAUCGGCUGAACUUGCUGAAGAAGUUAGUCUGAAUGGUUCUGGAAAACUAGUUAAGAUAACUGGUUGUGCCAACCCCGGGAAAACUGUUACAAUUGUUGUACGUGGUUCCAACAAAUUGGUGAUUGAGGAAGCAGAACGCUCCAUUCAUGAUGCCCUUUGUGUUAUACGCUGCUUGGUAAAGAAAAGAGCUCUGAUUGCUGGAGGCGGUGCCCCUGAGAUUGAGCUAUCCCUGCGUUUGAAUGAGUACGCUAGGACACUGAGUGGCAUGGAGUCCUACUGUAUCCGAGCCUUUGCAGAUGCCUUGGAGAUUAUUCCUUUCACUCUGGCUGAAAAUGCUGGACUCAACCCCAUAUCCACUGUAACGGAACUGAGAAACAGACACGCACAGGGCGAAAAAACAGCCGGAAUUAAUGUCAGAAAGGUAAAAUCAUCUAUACCUGACUGUUCUCUUCUGUAUAUGUUUUGUUUUUUAUUGCUCAAAAUUACCUUUACUUCUGCAGGGAGGAAUUUCCAAUAUUUUGGAGGAACUUGUUGUCCAGCCCUUGUUGGUAUCUAUCAGCUCUCUAACUCUGGCUACAGAGACUGUGCGCAGUAUUCUCAAGAUUGAUGAUGUGGUGAACACACGAUAAACUUCUUAUAUGCCAUUUAGUGGAUGGGUCUGAAAAAGUGACCCAAGCAACCACCGUGGAGAUCAAAGCUGGCUACUAACACGCGUUGUUCAACUACUUGUCGGCACUUAAUUUAAUAAAAUUCUUACAUAAUGACUCUAA